GACAUGGCAGCAGGAAACCACUGUACAGUGACUGAGUUCUUCUUGGCUGGACUCUCAGAGAAGUCAGAACUCCAGAUGCCGCUGCUUCUUCUCUUCAUUGGAAUCUAUGUGGUCACUGUGGUAGGGAAUCUGGGCAUGACCACACUUAUUGGGCUCAGUUCCCACCUGCACAACCCCAUGUACUAUUUCCUCAGCAGUCUGUCCUUCAUUGACUUCUGUCAGUCCACAGUUGUUACCCCUAAAAUGCUGGUGAGCUUUGUGAAAGAGAAGAACCUCAUCUCCUAUGCUGGAUGCAUGACGCAGCUCUAUUUCUUCCUUAUUUUUGCGGUGGCAGAGUGUUACAUGUUAGCUGCCAUGGCAUAUGACCGCUAUGUUGCCAUCUGUAACCCCCUGCUUUACAGUGUAACCAUGUCCUCCCAGGUUUACAUUUCUCUGAUUUCAGGUGUGUACAUUAUUGGUGUGCUCUGUGCAUCAGUUCACACAGGUUUCAUGAUAAGGAUUCAGUUCUGCAAACUAGAUGUGAUCAACCACUAUUUCUGUGAUCUUCUUCCCCUCUUGAAGCUUACGCACUCUAAUACAUAUAUCAAUGAAUUGUUGAUUCUAUUUUUUGGUACAUUAAACAUCUUUGUCCCAAUCCUUACCAUUAUUACUUCUUACAUUUUCAUUAUUGCUAGCAUCCUGCGCAUUCAAUCCACCGAGGGCAGGUCCAAAGCCUUCAGUACUUGCAGUUCCCACAUCUUAGCUGUUGCUGUCUUCUUUGGAUCUUUAGCAUUCAUGUACUUGCAACCAUCAUCAGUGAGUUCAAUGGACCAAGGGAAAGUGUCCUCUGUGUUUUAUACUAUCAUUGUACCCAUGCUAAACCCUGUUAUCUACAGCCUGAGAAAUAAGGAUGUUAGUGUUGCCUUGAGGAAAAUACUUGAAAGAAAAACAUUUAUGUAG